AUGGAGGGGGGCGUGCAGCUGCUGAACCGGGACGGGCACAGCAUCUCUCACAACUCCAAGCGCCACUACCACGACGCCUUCGUGUGCAUGAACCGCAUGCGGCAGCGGGGGCUGCUCUGCGACAUCGUCCUGCACGUGGCCACCAAGGAGAUCAAGGCCCACAAGGUGGUGCUGGCCUCCUGCAGCCCCUACUUCCACGCCAUGUUCACAAAUGAGAUGAGUGAGAGCCGCCAGACCCAUGUGACACUGCAUGACAUCGACCCCCAGGCCCUGGAGCAGCUGGUGCAGUAUGCCUACACAGCUGAGAUCGUGGUGGGAGAGGGGAAUGUGCAGACCCUCCUUCCUGCUGCCAGCCUGCUUCAGCUCAAUGGUGUGAGGGAUGCUUGCUGCAAGUUCCUGCUCAGCCAGCUCGACCCCUCCAACUGCCUGGGCAUCCGGGGCUUUGCUGACACCCACUCCUGCAGCGACCUCCUCAAGUCUGCCCACAAGUACGUCCUCCAGCACUUCGUGGAGGUGUCCAAGACUGAGGAGUUCAUGCUGCUGCCCCUCAAACAGGUGCUGGACCUCAUCUCCAGCGACAGCCUCAACGUGCCCUCGGAGGAGGAGGUGUACAGGGCUGUGCUCAGCUGGGUCAAACACGACGUGGACAGCAGGAGACAGCACGUGCCCAGGCUGAUGAAGUGCGUGCGGCUGCCGCUGCUGAGCCGCGAUUUCCUGAUGAGCCACGUGGACACGGAGCUGCUGGUGCGGCACCACUCGGAGUGCAAGGACCUGCUGAUCGAGGCGCUCAAGUACCACCUGCUGCCCGAGCAGAGAGGGGUCCUGGGCAACAGCCGCACGCGGCCGCGGCGCUGCGAGGGGGCCAGCACCGUGCUCUUCGCCGUGGGUGGAGGGAGCCUGUUUGCCAUCCACGGCGACUGCGAGGCGUACGACACGCGCACGGACCGCUGGCACAUGGUGGCCUCCAUGUCCACCCGCCGGGCCCGCGUGGGCGUGGCGGCCAUCGGCAACAAGCUGUACGCCGUGGGAGGCUACGAUGGGACCUCUGACCUGGCCACAGUGGAGUCCUACGACCCUGUCACCAACUGCUGGCAGCCCGAGGUGUCCAUGGGCACCAGGAGGAGCUGCCUGGGCGUGGCAGCCCUUCAUGGGCUCCUCUAUGCUGCUGGGGGCUACGACGGGGCCUCGUGCCUCAACAGUGCAGAGAGGUACGACCCCCUGACAGGCACCUGGACCUCCAUCGCUGCCAUGAGCACCCGCAGGCGCUACGUGCGCGUGGCCACGCUCGAAGGCAACCUCUAUGCAGUCGGGGGCUACGACAGCUCGUCGCACUUGGCCACGGUGGAGAAGUAUGAGCCCCAGAUCAACAGCUGGAGCCCCAUUGCCAACAUGCUGAGCCGCCGCAGCAGCGCGGGCGUGGCCGUGCUCGAGGGGAUGCUCUACGUGGCCGGGGGCAACGAUGGCACCAGCUGCCUGAACUCUGUGGAGCGUUACAACCCCAAAUCCAACAGCUGGGAGAGCGUGGCCCCCAUGAACAUCCGCAGGAGCACGCACGACCUGGUGGCCAUGGACGGCUGGCUCUAUGCCGUGGGGGGCAACGACGGCAGCUCCAGCCUCAACUCCAUCGAGAAGUACAACCCCCGCACCAACAAGUGGGUGGCGGCCUCGUGCAUGUUCACCCGCCGCAGCAGCGUGGGGGUGGCCGUGCUGGAGCUCCUCAACUUCCCCCCGCCCUCCUCGCCCACCCUCUCGGUGUCCUCCACCAGCCUUUGA